GCACCGGCUCAGGUCCAAUUAAGUGUCGCAUGUGUGAAGUUAUACUGAGUAUUUUCCGUGUCCUUGUGUGCUGUUUAAGGUCCAGACGACGACUGUGAGCUCUGACCACUCGUUAGCGGUCAAUAGUGAAUAAGGAAAACAGGAUGUUGUCUUUGACCACACGGAGCCUAACUGGAGCCCAAAGGGCUGUGACUUGGAGACAGGGAAGAUUUAUAAGGGACUGCGGGUGCUUCUUUACCAGUGUGCCUGAAUGCCGCUUUGUCCCCAAGACCAGAAAGAUGGGUCCCUCCUCUUCCCCGAGCUCAUCCUUCUCCAGCCAUUACAGAUGCUUCACUGUCUCAUCUUCUCAGUGGACCUCUGCAUCGUCACCUACAGCCGAUCAGAAAACACCAUCUUACAGUUAUGUCAUUAUUGGGGCGGGAUCCGCUGGUUGCGUCCUCGCUAACCGCCUCACAGAAGACGCCCAGGAGUCUGCGCUGCUGCUCGAGGCUGGCCCUAAGGACAGGUGGUUAGGCAGCUUGCGACUCUCAUGGAAAAUCCACAUGCCAGCUGCCCUGAUCUACAACCUCUGCGAUGACAAGUAUAACUGGUUCUACCACACUUUACCUCAAGCCAACAUGGACAAUCGGGUAAUGUACUGGCCGAGGGGCCGCGUCUGGGGAGGGUCCUCUUCACUCAAUGCGAUGGUGUACAUCCGCGGGCAUGCUGAAGAUUAUAACCGCUGGCAAAGAGAGGGUGCAGAUGGCUGGGAUUAUGAGCAUUGUCUGCCUUAUUUUAGGAAAGCUCAGUGUCAUGAGCUGGGAGAAAACAGAUACCGAGGCGGCAGCGGACCUCUUCAGGUAUCCAGAGGGAAAACCAACCAUCUCCUUCAUAAGGCUUUUAUUGAGGCGGGGCGACAGGCAGGAUAUCCAUUCACUGAUGACAUGAAUGGAUACCAACAGGAAGGCGUGGGCUGGAUGGACAUGACCAUUUAUAAAGGGAAGAGGUGGAGCACUGCCAGUGCUUACCUGAGACCAGCCCUGGGUCGACCCAAUCUGAAGGCGGAGGUGCGAUGUCUGACCACUAAAAUCCUGUUUGAUGGCAACCGUGCUGUGGGGGUGGAAUACAUUCAAAAUGGACAAAAGAAAAAGGUGUUUGCAGAAAAAGAAGUGAUAGUCAGCGGAGGAGCCAUCAAUUCCCCUCAGCUUCUCAUGCUAUCUGGGAUUGGAAAUGCAGAUGACUUGAAACAGCUUGGCAUCCCUGUGAUUCAACACUUACCAGGUGUCGGUAAUAACCUGCAGGAUCACUUGGAGCUGUAUGUCCAGCAGCAGUGUACUCAGCCCAUCACCCUGUACAAAGCCCAGAAACCUUUCCACAUGGUCAAGAUAGGCCUCGAGUGGCUCACCAUGUUUACUGGUUAUGGAGCAACAGCCCACAUGGAAAGCGGAGGAUUUAUUCGUAGUCGUCCCAAAGUAGCGCACCCCGACAUCCAAUUUCACUUUCUGCCCUCACAAGUCAUUGACCACGGACGAGUCGCCUCCAAAAUAGAGGCUUAUCAGGUUCAUGUUGGACCAAUGAGGAGCACCAGUACAGGCUGGCUGAAGCUGAAGAGCACCAACCCCCUGGACCACCCAAUCAUUCAGCCAAACUAUCUCACCACAGAUAUUGACGUGUGGGAGUUCAGGCAGUGUGUCAAACUCUCCAGAGAGAUUUUCGCCCAGAAGGCCUUUGACCCCUUUCGUGGUCCUGAAGUCCUGCCUGGUCCUCAGGUCCAAUCCGAUGCAGACAUCGAUGCUUUUGUCCGCCAAAAGGCAGACACUGCCUACCAUCCAUCCUGCACAUGCAAGAUGGGCUCACCCUCUGACCCGAUGGUGGUGGUUGACUCAAACGCACAUGUUCUGGGCCUGGAGAAGCUUCGUGUGAUCGACGCCUCGAUCAUGCCCAGCAUUGUCAGUGGAAACCUGAAUGCUCCAACCAUCAUGAUGGCAGAGAAGGCUGCUGAUAUUAUCAGAGGUCGCCCUGCACUCGUUGACUCGGGGGUUCCUGUGUACCAGCCUCCAACACUUGACACGCAGAGAUAAAGAGAGAGGUGUACAGCUUAUCUGUGAGUUAGAAAAGUCCCUCAAUAGAGUCAGUUAUUAGGCAAAAACAGCAGUAAAUCACAAGCUAUAUGUUCGAUUAGGAGCUUAUCAAUUUAUCUCUGAGCUGAUAUUGUGAAUUAUUACCGUGGGAACAUUCCUGGCCUAACACACAUAUUUAGGACCAUAAACACUUCACAUCUGUCUCACACUGCCAUUGGGGUGGAACAGUACUUAUUCAAAUUGCAAAAUCACUGUGGUUAUGACAGGAAAUGUGUCUAAUGUGUGGCUUCUCACUUAGCAAACAAUUUACCAGACUGCCUCAUCGUGCAUUUCAGUAAAAAUGCUCUGAAAUGUAUACAUCUUAAACAUGAAGUAAUUACCCAAGAUUACAAACUAGUAUCCAGCAUCACAUUAAAAAUUGCAAAACAGCUUUAAAAAACUAAAGAAACUUAAAUAUUUCAAGAUAUGAGCUUCUGAUGAAAAUCUGUUUCCACGGCACUGCUUUUCAGAAAAAAAACAAUCUUAUCAGCCAUCAUCUAAUGUGGCUGAGAGCUGCAGUCAGCAGCUGGAGCAAACUGUAGACUUUAGAAUAACUGGCCUCAGCAGCUCGCUCCUGUCUGCUCAGACCAGAUCAGAGGUUGGCAGCCUUUGGCUGUGACAUUCCUCUUCCUUCCUGAAAACUUGCAGGUUCAACAGUUUGAUAAAAUCUUUUUUUGUUGUUUUUGUCCCCCCGCACACAUGAACAUGAACAUGAAGGCAAUAAAGUGAUUCGCUUUCACUUUAGGUUUCCCACAAUUUAGCCAGUUUUUAUAGCAGUUUCUACAGCUACAGCUUUACCAUCAACAUCUGCAGAAAACAUUCGGUUUUGUUACUCUGUUGGCGUGACAACAGAGCAUUGAAUAGGCAGGAUGAAAGAAACAAACUUUUUUCUUUUGCACAUCUAAACAGACUUGUCACUAAACAGACUUGUUUAGUGACAACUGUGGGAAAGGAUCAUACGUUGUUUACAAAAAAGACUUGUAAGUGAAGUGAUAUUGUAAACUGGACCAAACCCUGAUUCAAGCUUGGAAAAGAAACUAUUAUAAUCAGACUUGUAGCGAUUACACUACCAAUGCACGCGUCUCUAGAUUUAACAGACAGUUAAAGGAGCAGACCUCCUAAAUGCUGUCAAUGCAUCUGUAAAACUCAUCUCAGUUGAUUUGUUUGAUUCAUGCUAUGUGCCAAAUUUGAGUCCUCGAGCUUCAUAACUCACAGCUUUUGCACCGCUCAGUCAGCCUGACAGCGGUUUAGUCUAAACAGUAAUUCAUGCAAAAUGUUUUAACACUAUGUUUACACACACUAAGAACUUUGAAACUAAAAAUCUUCAGUGUCACUUUUAUAAGCAGCUUUUUUUCUGAUUGUGUUGUGAAUUUUUUAAAACUAUGCUUUUUGUUUUUAAUGUAACUGUAAUAUCAUUGUUGCCUAUGAGAUCACGAUUACAUUCUGAUUUGUAUUAAUUCAUGUAUAUGUUGCACAUGGCUACAGUGUGUUUCAGUUUGGUCCAGCUUGAACUGACACACACCGGUGCUGAGAUUUUAGACUUUGAGUGAAUAAUCAGUGUGUAUUAGCAGCUAUAAUGAAAGCACUAACAUAAAUUAUAAGUAUGUCUUAUUAAGCUUUGCACUACAUCAUAAAGAACUUCAUCACUGUGACAAUUAUGGUUUAUAUUAUAAUGCAGUACUGUCUAACAUGAUGUGAAUGUUUAAAUCAUCCGUCUUUAUGAAGGGAAACUUACUGUGAACACCGUCAAAGGCUUUCUGUUGUUUUUCUGUGCUGACACUAAACAAAGCCUCCUGACCUUGUUCUUGUGUCUUUAUUCAGUGUUCGUUACAAAAAAUCAGCAGGUUCAUUGUCAUUCCAGGCAAAACUUCAAAUAUGCAAAAAAGGGCUUCUCUUUUUAUUGGUACAAAACUUAUAAGGUACUAGUACUUAUGCUACAAAGUAGAGAUAGAGCUAUUCUUGUUUGCUUUUUUUAAAUUUUCAUACAACUGGAUAGAAAGCAGAGAUCUUCAAGUUAAUCGUGUACUUUUUACAAACGCUGUACAGAUUUUAUACAUCAUUGUCACUUUAUAGACAUCUGUAAAGCAGUGGAACAGUACAAAAAAAUAAAGCUGCGUUGCACAACAAAGCUUUGCAGUCCUUGUCAUUUUAUCUCAUGUGAUAAAUCAUUUGGGUAGUUGCACUAGUAAUAAUCUCCACGUGACUGUUGUUGUCUCAAGUUUCUCGCAUGUGAGCCGCAGGGUAAAUCUGAACUGUUUGGAGUCGUGCGCUUUUGACAGAUUAUAUUCCUAAGCAGGUGGCUUCCAGUCAAGAAGCUCUCGUAAGUGAUUUAAAGCAUAACUGAAUGCCUUGGGGAGUGGAGUUGGGUGGUUUUCAAUAAAAAACAAAAGUCUCACAUAGAAGCCAGCAUGUUCACCUCAGACUUUUUAUGGCUUCUUGAAAAUCAAACCAGUGUUGAAUCUGGUACUUUUCUUUAAUCUUUUUAAUGUUGGGUACAAACAUUUCAGUUCGGCAGUAGAUCUCGUGUCAAUCAAACACUGAUUUUUACUAAAGAUUUGGUGGUUCAUCAUUCAUUACUAUGGACUUUUGGACAACAAAUCAUGAUCGCUGCCAAUAAAGAAAAAAAAUCACACAUAAAUGUUUCCGAAUACUACUUUUGUGCAAAUGCAGCGUUACCAGAGUUUCCCUGACAUGUUAACCAACAGGCCCGGAGAGUUACAGAGGUAAUAAGAUUUUUUUCAAAGUCUACAUUAAAAACAAUUUACUUGCAGUUAAAAAAUGCAUAUGUCUCAUUUAUCAGCUGUAUUGGCCACUUAAACCUGUAUGAGGCUCUUCUAAAGUGAAGAGGAAAGAGUGCAUUUGCAGUCCAUCUGAACAAUAGUCCAGAUAGCAGCUUGUAUCCUGCUUGUACAUCUGUACAACUAUAUCUACAUCAUCAGAACGUCCAAUAGCAAAUACCGGCACCAGAUUUAGACCCUUUAGUCAACUUUUAGUCACAAUAAAUAAAUAAAUAAACUUCAGUAAUUUUGGUAACAAAAAACAUUUGACGCAUCUGAGUAUGGACGAGUGUUCUCUAUUAUGUCCAGACUAUCUCUCCAACUCAUAAAUGGAAUACGUAGUAGAGUGGAGAGAGAGUCUCUACACUCAGAGAACCAGGGUUACAAUGUAACCAAGCAUUCCCUUGUUUUGGUUUUAAAGGAGCCCUUUGAUUGUACAGAACAAAUUGCCCUUACAGCAGUAUUUAGAGUAAGAAAAAAAGAAAGAUUGCCUAGCCAUGACUCGGUGUGUUGUUUUUUGCUUAAAUUAAUCUGAAGGUUAUUAUAGUUGGCAGUGGGAGACAAACACCCGUUAGUGGUGCAGAAACGCUUUACUACUUUUUUUCCCCCAGUUGUGCUCUUUGUCUUGACAAAAACAACUCCAACAGAUAAAAGGCAACAGCAGUCAUUUCAUUACAAGAGCAAAUAUACUGACAUAGUAUAUUGUCAGGCAAUCCAGUAAAUAGUCGCCCCUUAUGUAGACACCUGUAUGGUCUUAUUCAUUCCAUUGCAAAAACAAGCACGCUUGACAGGAUUUUCUACUUCCCGGCAGCUCAGCUGGUGUGAGACUUGUGGGAACUAAAGAAGAGUUUUGCAGCUGUGGAGGGAAUAAACGGUUUACUUGAUGUGUCAUCUGUGACACAAAGAAACUCUGGUGGUCUUUGCUUUUACUUUUGUUUCACCUUCAAGAACUGUCAAAGAUAAGUUCAUGCUGUCAGCAAGUAAUUAUUUUUAAAACAUGAGUAGUCCGGGUCUCAUGCACUAGUUUUACACAAGAGACUCAUGAGUCUGUUGAGCCACAUCACACAGAAACCUCAGAGAUUAUCUACUGUUGCUGAUCUCAGAGUGAUUCAGGGGGAAUAGUGAUUCAAGGUACUGUACAUCAUUGCAUAUCUGAGUAAAGGGCUUAACAAAGAAAACUCAGUCUCCAAAGUUAAGGAUCAUCAUGGGCAGUGAGUGACACACAGCAGUGAGUGACACACAGCAUCCUAAUAUUCCUUUAUUUUUAGGGUGUGUAGCUUGAUCAAACUCCUUGAAUGUAGCACUGCUGUUGGUGUAAAGGGAGGACUUAAGAGAAUGCGUCCGCGAUUACAUGAAGAAAGAGGAUAUGCCUGAGGACAAAGACUUGUUGUUUUUUUCCCUACUGAUAUGUGAUUUCCUUUUCAAGUCAAAAACAGAGACAUAGCCAAGCUUAGCCCUGAAAUCCUGAACUGUGAACCCAGAGAAGUUUAAGUGAUCAAGACUACCACGAAAAAAACUGUUUCUGUCAAGUUUUUUUUUUUUUUUUUUACUCUAAAUCGAGUCACGAAGGUAAUAAUGUAAUGUGAACAACCAGUGUUUGCUAACAUGACCAAUAAAAGGUUUAAAAUCACACAUUAUUUAUAUACAUGGAUCUGGCAACGAAAUACAGGGAAGCUUGGAAUGGCUGGACAACCAUACGCUGACCUGGCGCUGGUGUUUGUUUGUUUUUUCAGACAUCUAAACUGGAACAUUAGUUAGUUAAAUGCUUUGGAAAUUUUUCUAAAAUUGUUUUAAUAAAAUCAGCUUCUGUGGGGAAAAACAAAAUCA